GCGCCCCACCUUGUUUCGGUCACGUGACGGGAGCUGACGAAGAUGGUGGAAGUUUCUCCUUCCUCGAAGUGAAAUCCGGUUUGAGACCAAAACAACCAGGCAGGACGAGGUCCGUAGGGUUUACAGCAGCGUCGCCGGAUAAAUUCGUCAAGUUCUCUUCGGAUCUGGGUCCUCUUCUCGGCCGUAUGUCAUGGCUAGUGGAGUCACCAAGUCAAACACUUCCAAUGGUUACCCGCUGAAGGCACAGCUCCAAAUCCUCGUGCUAACAGCUAAACUGAAAGAAAACAAGAAGAACUGGUUUGGCCCCAGUCCUUACGUAGAAGUGACGGUCGACGGCCAGUCCAAGAAAACCGAGAAAUGCAGCAACACCCACAGCCCCAAAUGGAAGCAUCCACUCACUGUGAUCGUGACUCCGUUCAGCAAACUAGUGUUUCGCGUGUGGAGCCACCAGACCUUAAAGUCAGACGUGUUGUUGGGCAUCGCCACGCUGGACAUGAGCGAAAUGCUGAAGUCCAAUGACAUGAUAAUUUCAGAGGUGGUGCAGAGCUUGCAGCUGUUUAGUGACAGAGACCAGACAGAUGUGGUGGGAGACCUGUCCGUCUGCCUGGAUGGCAUGGCUGUGGACCCUGAAACGUUUGCCUCAGCCGAAGCUGACCGUCAAAGUACAAAUGGAGAGUCACAGACUAAUGGGGAUCUUUCCUUAAGGCCGAGUCGGGACAGUUCUCCAGCUGUGAAUGGUGUAGAGAACAGAUCCUCACCCAGCACCCAGAGGACAACAAACAACAGAGGGUCUCCCUCGGUGUCAUCUGUGGGGGCGAAACCUGUUCGACCACCAAGACCCUCCAGACCUCCUCCUCCAACCCCUCGCAGACCAACUUCUUCACCAGCUUCUACCAGCAACGGCUCUGGUCUAACUGAUGCUGCUGACGACCAGUCGGACUCGAGGCCCUUGACACUUGCAGACUUAAGAUCACCAGYGUCAUUAGACAGAAAUUCCACAUCAGCUUCCGGCUCUGCAGCAGCCACCAGGCCGCCAACCAGCACCGUCMCCCCUGCAGGUCCUCCCAGAGUACCAGCCGUCACCACCGGACCUUUGCCCCCUGGGUGGGAGCAGAGGGUGGAUCAGAACGGCCGGCUGUAUUAUGUUGACCAUGUGGAAAAGAGAACAACAUGGGAACGUCCAGAAUCACUUCCUGCUGGAUGGGAGCGUCGCGUCGACCAGUCGGGUCGCGUCUACUUCGUGGAUCACAUCACUCGAACCACCACGUGGCAGCGCCCCACGAUGGAGACGGUGCGGAACUACGAGCAGUGGCAGCACCAGCGCAGCCAGCUGCAGGGCGCCAUGCAGCAGUUCAACCAGAGGUUCAUUUACGGGGUUCAAGAUCAGGCCUCCGCUAAUCCCAAUAAGGAGUUUGAUCCUCUCGGGCCUCUGCCGCAUGGUUGGGAAAAAAGGACAGACAGUAAUGGCAGAGUUUAUUUUGUACAUCACCCAACACGUUCAACACAGUGGGAGGACCCGCGAACUCAGGGAUUGUUGAAUGAGAAGCCUCUUCCAGAAGGCUGGGAGAUGAGGUUCACCGUCGACGGUAUUCCUUAUUUUGUGGACCACAACAGGAAAACCACCACCUACAUCGACCCUCGCACCGGGAAGUCCUCUCUUGAAAAUGGACCACAGAUCACCUACGUUCGAGACUUCAAAGCUAAAGUUCAGUACUUCAGAUUCUGGUGUCAGCAACUGGCAUUGCCUCAACAUGUGAAGAUCACAGUAACUAGAAAAACCCUGUUUGAGGACUCGUUCCAGCAGAUAAUGAGCAUCAACGCUCAGGAUCUACGAAGGAGGCUGUGGAUCAUCUUUCCUGGAGAGGAAGGCCUCGACUACGGAGGUGUUGCCCGGGACAACAACAUCGAGGAGUGCGGUCUGGAGAUGUUCUUCUCUGUGGACAAGGACAUCCUCGGUGAGAUCACCACCCAUGAGCUGAAACCAGGAGGAGGAGACAUCCAGGUCACGGAGGAGAACAAGGAGGAGUAUAUCAAGCUGGUAGCAGAGUGGCGUCUGUCCAGAGGAGUGGAGGAGCAGACUCAGGCUUUCUUCGAAGGCUUUAAUGAGGUCCUCCCUCAGCAGUACCUGCAGUACUUUGAUGCUAAAGAGCUAGAGGUGAUGCUGUGUGGCAUGCAGGAAAUCGAUCUUGGCGACUGGCAGAGGCACACCAUCUACAGACACUACACAAAGACCAGUAAACAGAUCAUCUGGUUCUGGCAGUUGGUGAAGGAAAUGGAUAAUGAAAAGAGGAUGAGGCUGCUGCAGUUUGUAACUGGAACCUGUCGCCUUCCUGUGGGAGGCUUUGCUGAUCUUAUGGGAAGCAAUGGCGCUCAGAAAUUCUGUGUUGAAAAGGUGGGAAAAGAAAACUGGCUUCCUAGGAGUCACACAUG